AUGGAUGGCCCUUGGAGCGGCUCCCGGCCCUCCCGCCUGCCUGCCCGGAAAACAAUCCCCAUGCAGCGUGAGAAGGGGCUGGGGCUGGGCCAGCGCCUCGGGAAUGGCGAGAUGAGUCAGUGCAGGAGGGCCGGAGUGGCCCUGCACUGCGUCAUGGGCAGCCAGAAUGUUCCAGAGCCCCCAGCCCCUGGUCACCCACCGGCCAGCAUGUUCCAGAUCCCCCCAGCCCCUGGGCACUCAUCAGCCAGAAGGUUCCAGAGCCCCCAGCCCCUGGGCACUCAUCAGCCAGAAGGUUCCAGAGCCCCCAGCCCCUGGGCACUCAUCAGCCAGAAGGUUCCAGAGCCCCCAGCCCCUGGGCACUCAUCAGCCAGAAGGUUCCAGAGCCCCCAGCCCCUGGGCACUCAUCAGCCAGAAGGUUCCAGAGCCCCCAGCCCCUGGGCACUCAUCAGCCAGAAGGUUCCAGAGCCCCCAGCCCCUGGGCACUCAUCAGCCAGAAGGUUCCAGAGCCCCCAGCCCCUGGGCACUCAUCAGCCAGAAGGUUCCAGAGCCCCCAGCCCCUGGGCACUCAUCAGCCAGAAGGUUCCAGAGCCCCCAGCCCCUGGGCACUCAUCAGCCAGAAGGUUCCAGAGCCCCCAGCCCCUGGGCACUCAUCAGCCAGAAGGUUCCAGAGCCCCCAGCCCCUGGGCACUCAUCAGCCAGAAGGUUCCAGAGCCCCCAGCCCCUGGGCACUCAUCAGCCAGAAGGUUCCAGAGCCCCCAGCCCCUGGGCACUCAUCAGCCAGAAGGUUCCAGAGCCCCCAGCCCCUGGGCACUCAUCAGCCAGAAGGUUCCAGAGCCCCCAGCCCCUGGGCACUCAUCAGCCAGAAGGUUCCAGAGCCCCCAGCCCCUGGGCACUCAUCAGCCAGAAUAUUUGCCUUGGGUUUGA